CAAUUUUGCUAGCUACACUACGGCGUACAGCAACGAGCAGCUGGUAGUUGCAAUAUGUCUGUUAUAAACAAAAUCGAUCAUUACCAGCGAAAUAUAGAGAAAUGUGGCGAUAAUUUGGAUCGAAUACUGCAUUGCAUUACAAAGUUGUACAAUCUACCUGUAACGGUACAGCAUCUUCAAGAGACUGGAGUAGGAAGAACUGUGAAUGGUUUAAGAAAGUAUGAUGGUGCAGUAGGUGAUGCUGCCAAAGCUUUAGUAGCAAAAUGGAAGGCAAUGGUAGUAGAUGAAUAUUCCAGCGGAGAAGACGAAGAUGAAGGUUGUGUAACAACUGAAAAUUGUACCGACAACUACGAUUCACUGAAAAUAGAAGAAACAGAAGAAACUGCAGAGAACAUUGUGGACGAAGCACAAGAAAUGAAACGUAUAUAUGAAGACAGUAAGAGUGAAAUGUCUGUAGAGCAAAGUAUAAAACAUAUGUCCAAAUUAAAAGAACAAAGCCCAAAGGAUCUGGAGGACAAGAGCAGAAGACAUGAGAAAAAUAGUCAUUCUUCUCAUGAGAAAAAUAAACAUUCACAGAUUGAGAUGAAAUCCAAAGAAUCCAGGAGCAGCAAGAGUAGUUCAAGAAAGGAUGAAACUCAUAAAUCUAAAGAGCAUAAUCACAGCAAGAAUGAUCUAGAGAAAGCAAGUGACAAAUUGACAAAAAAUAGCACCAGUGGCACUGGUAGCGAGAGCAUUGGCGCAAGGAGAACUCUUGACUCAAGUUCCUUGAAGAGAGAAAGCAAAAGAACCAAACUGUCUGAUAUUAAAAGUAACGAUGAGACACCACAGUUAUUUAUUUCAGAAAAAAAUCAUUCUUCGAUAAAAUUUUCCGAAAUUAAGAUAAAGGUAGAGAGUGAUAAGGACAAAUCAAAUGUUAAACAGGAAAAGGAAAAGAGAAGCUUUCAAGAGGAAUCAAAGAGCAGUUCCAGUAAGCUCAAGUUGCAAGAUUCGAGUAAUAAAGUAAAGGACAACAGUGAAAGACAUAAACAUAAAAAAGAGUCUAUAGAUCAUAAAAAGCUUGAUACAAAAAGGGAUUCCAAUCAUCAUUCCAGCAAGGAAAUAUCCGAAUUGAAAGUUUCUUCUAGCAGUAAGGAUCAUGUCAAAAGCAAGGACAAAGACAAAAAACGAGAACACAAAGAGGAUAAAAGUAACCAUGGAAAAAAGAAAGAAAUGAAAAUGCGUUUAUCACAGGAGAUAACCAGUAAUGAAGGAAUAGAUUGCAAUUCUGGUGCAAGUUUUGCAGAAGCACUAGGCAUGUGCACCAUGCCUCAACCGUCGAGGAAACGUAAUUAUAGUUCCUCUAAUCAUUCACGUAAGGCAAUUAAAACAGAAAUAACGUCGCCUCCGAGUAAGAAAAAGCAGCCACCAGUAAAAAUCGAGCCAGAUUGCAACGACGAUCCAAAUCCACCGUCUCUCUUGGCGUCGAACGUGAAGCUGGAACCACUUAAUGUAGACUUAGCAUCCACAUUACCUGAAAUCAGCCCUAAUUACAAACCACUACCACACAUCAAUCCUAUACAGCGCAAAGAAGAAGCAAAGUUUGUCGAUGACGUUAUUCACGUAAAAAAUCAAAGGACAAAAGUGUACUCUGGUAACAAGGUCGGUUACACGAGUGUGCCAUCGUUGUGCGAAUUGAGCAUGAGAGUGUUGAUUGAAAAUAUUGAUGCUCUCGAGUUUACCGGUGGUGUACCGUACGACAUAAUAAAGCCAGUCUUGGAACGUGCCACGCCCGAUCAGUUAUUUACGCUGGAACACUAUAAUCCAUAUCUCAUAGAGGAUACGGGCACGCUGUGGCAGUUCCACUGUAAUCGUGAGUUCAGGAACAAGCAAAGGCAGGAAAUGGAGUCGUGGCGUGAGAUGUAUAUGCGUUGCUUAGACGAGAGAGAAGCGAAACUGAAGACAUUAACUGCCAACAUCAAGCAAUCCAUCGACAAGUCUGUCCCAGUGAGAUCUGCCAAACUUGCAUAUGUGGACAAUGUCGUGAAGCCACCGCGAAAUGUGCUGAAGAAACAGGCGAAAUAUGGCACGGCUAAUGAUACGCCUGCCACGGUAUCGAGCCUUAAGAAAAAGUUAGUUGGCGGUGGUGGAACUAAUAACGCGACAAACAUCGCGGUGCCACCACCGCCGAUGUCACGCUUUAAAACGUCAACAUCAACCAACGUGAAGAAGACUAAAGCACCGCUCAUGGCGAAGGCAUUGCAGUUGAUAAAAGGACGUUACAAACGACUUCGCUUACGGCCAGAAGAUAUUCGAUAACCUCGGAAAAGUAAGAGCGAUAACGAUGCUG